GUGCUGACAUGCUGGAGCAGGUUGUGUCAUUUGGGCGCUCCCUGGUGCGGAGGAAAGUGGUCGACAUGAGCAGCCUGGAUGAGUCCAAGCUGUGCCGCUGCCUGGGAACCAUUGAUCUCAUCGCUCUGGGAGUUGGCAGCACUCUUGGCGCCGGCGUCUACGUCCUGGCUGGUGAAGUGGCCAAAAGUGACUCUGGCCCCAGCAUCGUCAUUUCUUUCUUGAUAGCUGCUCUGGCCUCUGUCAUGGCUGGUUUAUGUUAUGCUGAGUUUGGCGCCCGUGUCCCAAAAACAGGCUCAGCUUACCUUUACAGUUAUGUGACUGUUGGGGAGGUUUGGGCCUUCAUCACUGGUUGGAAUCUGAUCCUCUCUUAUAUGAUUGGUACAUCCUCAGUCGCUCGAGCUUGGAGUGGCACAUUUGACAAAAUGAUAGGAGGCCACAUAGAGGUAUUUUGUGAAACCCACUUCAGGAUGAGUUCUCCUGGUCUGGCUUCAUAUCCUGACUUCUUUGCUGUCUGCUUGAUCCUGCUGCUGUCUGGGCUACUGUCAUUUGGAGUGAAGGAAUCGGCCUGGGUCAAUAAAGUUUUCACAUCAGUCAACAUACUCGUACUCAUAUUUGUUAUUAUCUCCGGCUUCGUCAAAGGGGACUCGAGCAACUGGGCGAUAUCUGAAGAAUCCCUCAUAAAUGUUACUAUUAUUACGAGGAAUAUAUCAGUGGCAGCCAAUGUGAGCAGUGAUUAUGGUGUUGGAGGAUUUCUGCCUUACGGUUUCGGCGGGACGUUAGCCGGAGCUGCCACCUGUUUCUACGCAUUUGUUGGCUUUGACUGCAUUGCAACAACAGGAGAGGAAGUGAAGAACCCUCAGAGGGCCAUGCCCAUUGGCAUCGUGGUGUCACUGACGGUGUGCUUCCUGGCUUACUUUGGCGUCUCGGCUGCGCUCACCCUGAUGAUGCCUUACUACCUCCUAGAUGAGAAAAGCCCUCUGCCAAUGGCCUUUGAGUAUGUGGGAUGGGGUCCUGCCAAAUAUGUGGUUGCUGUGGGGUCAUUGUGUGCGCUCUCCACCAGCCUGUUGGGCUCUAUGUUCCCUCUGCCACGCAUUCUCUUUGCCAUGGCACGAGAUGGUAUUCUGUUCAAAUUUAUGUCCAAAGUGGGUAAACGUCAGUCGCCUGUGGCUGCCACCAUGGCAGCAGGCACCACUGCGGCUGUCAUGGCUUUUCUGUUUGACCUAAAAGCUUUGGUGGACAUGAUGUCCAUUGGAACACUGCUGGCCUAUUCUCUGGUUGCUGUGUGCGUGCUAAUCCUCAGGUACCAGCCAGAUGGCACUCUGGAGCGACAAGGAGGUCCUGGAAAUAAAGACUACCUGUCCUCUGAGGAGUCUGACAUGACAGAGUCAGAGUCUCACCUCAAUAUGCUGAGGAGUGGAAGGUCCACCCUGCAGACGGCUCUGCGUCCUCCUCUCUCACCCUCUGAGCGUUCGUCCAGUGUGGUCAACAUGUCCGUUGCUGUGUUGGUGCUGUUGGUGUGUGUGGUCAGCUACCUUACCACGUACCACACUGACUCCAUCACAGACGCGGAGGAAUGGAUGCUGGCACUGCUGUCCGUCUGUCUCUUCAUCUUCACCAGCUGCAUCUUCAUGAUCUGCAGGCAGCCUCAAACCAGCAAGAAGGUCUCCUUCAUGGUUCCACUUCUACCAUUUCUGCCCACUGUGAGCAUAUUUGUCAAUAUUUACCUCAUGGUACAGCUGAGUGGAGACACCUGGAUACGCUUCUCUGUGUGGAUGGCUGUGGGACUUUUGAUCUACUUUGGUUACGGCAUGUGGCACAGUGAGGAGCGCCAGCGCCAACUUCGGUGUCCUCUGAAUAGCAGCGCACAGAAAUCCAAAAGGGUGGACAAAGAGAAGCAGGAUGGCACAGGAGUAGGAAUGGACCGGGAACGUUUCAUCUGUCCACAGAAGGCCAGCCAGUGUCAAAGAUCAGCAUGUCAGAUAGUCGCAGACUGUGAGGACACUUUGUGAUAUGACGACUAACACAGACUGAUGCAGAGGAAGUAUUUUGUACCACCGUCCACAUGAUUAAGAUGGUCACAUGACCAUGUCCAGGAUGGAGGCAGAAGUGAAAGGACAGGUAACACACUGGAGAUUGAUGUUUGUCUACGGCGAAGCUUUUCAUUUUGACUGUGGAUUAGUGCUCAGCGCAUGUCACAUUUAGGCCCCUAUCUUUCAACAUAAAGAAAACAGCUUACAACCCAACACAAGUACCUUUACUAGUUUCCACCUGAAGUAGUUAUUUUCACACCCAGCUCCCAUUUUCCUUUGAUACCAAAUGUAUUUGCUCUCAUCUAAACCUGAGUUGUUCUCAGGCAAAAAGCUGGCAUAUUCCUGUUAACUGUCACAAGAAAGCGUUCAUGCUUUAGAACAUGUAAAUGCAGAUCCAAAGUCUCAUACAGUGACUUUGUGGUAUUUUAAGAGGGCAGCACUCAGACUCACCUUACCUAAGUUGGUUCAUCACACACAUACACUCUGUGCACACUGAUGGACAAGAGCACAAAUGAUAACUUGAAACUCAGUGGAA